AUGGUCAAGAUUGACGAUAUUAACAGAGAGAUGACCAAUUACAAAAUCAAAGUCCAAGUGAUGAAAAAGUGGAACAUCCAAAGUGGAAAGAAGAUCUCAGCCAUUGAGAUGGUCUUGGUCGACGAAGACGGUACUAGAAUCCAGGCUUCAAUUGACGAGGCGUAUGUUAAAAUCUUUGAAGGGAAAAUAGUAGAGAGUAGUUCUGAUAAAAGGUUGACCUGCACUUUAUGGAAUGAUUUCGGAAAAGAAGUCAUUGAUUAUGUUGGGGCUAAUAAGGAAAGAAAGAUAAUCUGUGUUGUUAAUUUUGCAUGUGUCAAUGAAUGGAAAGACGUUUUUAGCAUAUCCAACUCUUACAACGCAACACAACUGCUUUUCGAUCCACCAACUCCUCAGGUUGAAGAUUUCAUAUCAAGGUUGCCGAAUGAUGAUACAACCAUUACAUGUAACGAUUCGUCAUCUUCCAGCGCUAAUAAAGUGGAUUGGGAUGAUGAAUUUUUGAAGAAGAAUAAAAAGAAAACCAUUCAAGAAUUACACAGAAUUUCGAGGUACAAAAUAGUGAUGUUCGUGACUGAUGAUAGCAAUACCUGCGAAGCAAAACUCAUUGUUUUUGAUACGAUUGCAGCCCCUUUUCUGAGAAUUCCAGCUGUUGAUUUGGCAAACGAAGUAGCGGAGGAGGCUCCAUCUGUUCUCCCUGAGGCAUUACGGAAUAUGAUUGGUAAAGAGCUCCUUCUCAAAAUUUCUUUCGCAGAAGAGAACCUAAGGAGCAGUAAGAUAUCGUUGAAGGUUGAUCUCAUAAGUGAUGACAAGUUGCUUCUAGAAAGAUUUAAAGCUCGAGAUGCAAUAGAGCCUAUAAUAGAUGAAGAGUCUGAACCAUCAGUGUCAUCAACUUCAUCUAAAGCUAUGAAAAGAUCAUCAAAUAGAAGUAUGACGACGCGAAGCAACAAGAAAACGAAGACCGGGAAAAAUGUUUAA